UGUGUGUGUGUGUGUGCGCGCGCGUGCGUUAAAAUCUUUUGAUUUGUCACUUCUUGGUCACGUGACUGUACAUCCGCCCUGUGUGACUGUUGCUGUUUGGCAGCUAUGACAACGAACUAUGAAAAGUUGGAUGAAUGGCUUCAAAGAAGAAGAAGCUUUCCUCUUCUAAGGUGCAUGACAAGUCUCUGAAAUGUACCGUAUAUUUGGACAUUCAGAAAACCUGUCUGUGUGCAGGUCACAUGUCCAGGAGUGCUCCUGACAAGAAACAACGAUAUCUACCUCAGUGUGUGUAUCAUGGGCCAGCACAGGAAGACUCCUUGUUUGCCACCUGCAUUCCCUUUACUCUUCCACCACAAAAUGGUAUUUGUGAAGACUUUUCCCAGCGUUGUUGACCCUGCCGAUGUAGCUGACCUCCUGGAAGCUGACACAACAUCUUUUGAGCUGAUUCAGUUGGUGCCUCCAGAGGGUGAGGUCCUAGCGAGUAUGGAGGAGAGCAGCAGAGACUUUCUGUAUCCUGGUCCCAGACUGAGCUCCAGAAAAGGAGCGGCAGAGAGAGAAGUACUGAUGAAGAGGUCCUCCUCCUUUCCUGGAAUAUCCCCCAAAGUGGAGUUUGCCAUGACAUCAGUCAUAGAAGAGAGUGGUGGAAGAGACUGUUCAUCUGCCUCAUCUACUUGCUGUCUUUCUCCAGUGAGGCCAUCUUUAACCCCAUCCAGGCAGAGUUCUACAAAAAAGUAUUUACAAUCCAGCUAUAGUUUUUACAAAAUAGAUAAUGCGAACUGUGUCUCUUGGAAAUGUGGGUCAGAAAGGCCGACCUCAACAUCCAGACGCUCCUCUUCUUCAUCCCCAUCCGGCCAAAGUCCCCAGAAUAAAAAUAAAGGGAGAAAACAUGCUUCUCCUAGAGUCUCUGUAGACUCUGGCUACCAGCAACCCACAGUUUCCUCACGGACACGAGCCUUGUCCCCUUACACCCAUCGCAAGAUGUGCCAGCUUUCAGAGGACGCCACGCAGAGGCUUAGCCAUCUCCAGCUGGGGCCUCACCACUUCAGGAAAGAGACUGAGAGCCAGCCGCCUUUCUUGGUCCCUUGUUGCAGUAGUGUCUCUGUGAUUGGAACUCCUUCCCCCUCUCCACUGAAUAAUAGCAGGCAUCAACACUCAGUCUGCUUCACAGCUGAUCACACAGAUUCCUUCCUGGGGAGUUACAGACCAAGAACAGCCACAAACUGUGACCUCUUCCAGGUGAAGUCGGGUUCUGUGAGGGUCCAGUCGUCUCCAGAGACACAGUCCAGACUUGAAGCCCAGAUCAAAAGCUCUGUGAGUGGUGCUGCCGUAGCUCAGUCCACCCUGGCCGUGUCAAACGCCAGAAGUCCUCUGAAUCUCAGCCAUUCCCUCAGAGAAAGGCUCCAGACGAGUCCAUCCUACUGGGAGCAGAUCCACAGCCGAGUCCAGAGAAUUCUGCAGACACACAAAACUACCUAGGACCACCAAAUGAGCUUUGAUCUUUAACUUCCUGAUCUGUCCACAAGGUGACCAACAAGAAGUUACAAAGACUAUUCAUGGUUAAAACAAUCACUCUCAUAAUGCAAUCAUUACA